GGUAUGAGCACAGGUAAUUUCAAUGUAACCUGAUCGUUCUUCCUCCUUAGCAGUUCAUAUAUCAAGGGGAUAAGCAACAGGAUUAAGACAAGAGUAGUUCUUCCUAGGACUCUUUGAUGAGUCACACAUCACUUUGAUGAUAUCAGACUGCCUGUGAUUUCAACAAAGGAAAAGUCUUGCCUCAAAACUGCUCUCCCAGCACAGAGACCCCAAAACUCAAAACCCCUACAAGAGAAAGUAAAGAAGUCAAAAAAACCAAAGGGAAUUCAAGAGAGACCUCUCCAGUCUCAAUUGGCAAGUCUCAUCACACCAUGUCCAUUGAGAAGAUGAAAGGUCUCCAACUGAAUGAAGAGUUCCAAAAACCAGAAACCAAAGAAAUCAAUGGAAUACUCAUGACCAAAAUGAUGAGUGAUAUUUGGGACAAAAUUUGGAACUUCCAAGCCAAGCCUGAUGAUCUGCUCAUUGCAACAUAUGUAAAAGCAGGUACAACCUGGAUACAAGAGAUUGUGGAUAUGAUCCAAAAUGAUGGGGAUGUAAAGAAGUGCCAACGAGCUAACACCUUUUAUAGGCAUCCUUUUAUUGAGUGGACUCUACCUCCACCUCUCCCCUCUGGUCUGGAUCUAGCUAUUAAAAUGCCUUCUCCAAGGACACUGAAAACACAUCUACCUGUCCAAAUGUUACCACCAUCCUUCUGGGAACAAAACUCAAAGAUAAUCUAUGUGGCAAGAAAUGCAAAAGAUUGCCUGAUAUCUUAUUACCAUUUCUCAAGAAUGAAUAAAAUGUUACCUGACCCUGGUACCUUGGAAGAAUACAUUGAGGAAUUCAUGAAUGGGAGAGUGGUCUGGGGUUCCUGGUAUGAUCAUGUGAAAGGAUGGUGGGAUGCAAAAGAAAAGCACCCCAUUCUUUAUCUGUUCUAUGAAGACAUGAAAGAGAACCCAAAGCGGGAAAUCCAGAAGAUUUUAAAGUUCCUGGAGAAGGACUUACCAGAGAAAAUCCUCAAUAAGAUCAUCUAUCACACCUCUUUUGAUAUCAUGAAGCAAAAUCCUAUGGCAAACUAUACUACGCUGCCUUCAAGCAUAAUGGAUCACUCCAUUUCACCAUUCAUGAGGAAAGGAAUGCCAGGGGACUGGAAGAACCAUUUUACUGUUGCCCAGAAUGAGAAAUUUGAUGAAGACUACAAGAAGAAGAUGGCAGGGACCACUUUGACUUUUCGCACAGAGAUAUAAGGAAGGAAAUGAUGGUAGCUCACCUAAAAAUUUUCCCUGGAUUUUUCUCCCCAUUAAACCUCAUGGCCACAU